AUUUUAGGGCGGCCAUCUUUGCACUGAGAGAACUGCAGACAUUUUUACCCCUGUUCGAAAUCUGAAAUCAUCCACUCUCGUCGAGGGCCCUUUUUUAGAUUUUGUUUAGAUUGGCAUCUGCGGUAAUCUGUAAUGGCAGAUGCGGACAAAUUGAAUAUAGACAGUGUUAUAGCACGGUUAUUAGAAGUUCGCGGUUCCAGGCCUGGCAAAAAUGUUCAGUUGACAGAAGGCGAAAUAAGAGGACUGUGUCUGAAAUCUAGAGAAAUAUUUCUUAGUCAGCCGAUUCUUUUAGAAUUAGAAGCACCUCUCAAAAUAUGUGGUGACAUUCAUGGCCAGUAUUAUGAUUUAUUGAGAUUGUUUGAAUAUGGAGGUUUCCCUCCUGAAAGCAAUUAUUUAUUUCUGGGUGAUUAUGUAGAUAGAGGCAAGCAGUCACUGGAAACGAUAUGCUUAUUGUUAGCUUACAAGAUCAAAUAUCCUGAAAAUUUCUUUUUAUUACGGGGUAAUCAUGAAUGUGCUAGUAUCAACAGAAUUUAUGGUUUUUAUGAUGAAUGUAAAAGACGGUAUAACAUUAAAUUAUGGAAAACUUUCACAGAUUGCUUUAACUGUUUACCCAUAUCGGCCAUAAUUGAUGAAAAAAUAUUCUGUUGUCAUGGAGGUUUAAGUCCAGAUCUUCAGUCUAUGGAACAAAUUCGACGAAUUAUGAGACCAACUGACGUUCCAGACCAAGGUUUAUUAUGUGAUUUAUUAUGGUCAGAUCCAGACAAAGAAACGAUGGGAUGGGGUGAAAAUGACCGUGGUGUAUCUUUUACAUUUGGUGCUGAGGUUGUCGCCAAAUUCCUUCACAAACAUGAUCUUGAUCUUAUAUGCAGAGCCCAUCAAGUUGUGGAAGAUGGGUAUGAAUUCUUUGCCAAACGACAAUUAGUGACAUUAUUUUCUGCCCCUAACUACUGUGGAGAAUUUGAUAAUGCUGGAGCCAUGAUGAGCGUGGAUGAAACAUUAAUGUGUUCUUUCCAGAUAUUGAAGCCAGCUGAUAAGAAGAAAUUCCCUUACGGUGGUUUGAAUGCAGGCAGGCCUGUAACCCCUCCAAGAGGAAACCAAAAAGCCAAGGGCAAGAUAUAGUGUGAUAAUUAUACUUGCUUUUAUUUUCUGUUAUGACAUCAAAAAGGGAAGCAACUAUAUUUUAAAAAGGAAAAUAAAUGACAGUGACUUCUUGCUUCGUCUAGCUCAUUUAGGACUUGGCACUAAGUAGAGAUGCCUAUCUGUUUAAAAGACUUGUAUAUAUUCGGUAAUCUAUAAAUUUAUAUAUAUGUAUGUAUUCUGUUGUCCAUAAGAUGUAGGGUGUUUCAGGUCAUUAUCAAACAGGAUUGACCAAAACUGGUCAUGUGCUAUAUAUAGCAGUUGAUUCAUGAUGCAUACCAUGUCAAAGCAUUGGCAACUAAAUUACUGCUAUUUUAAUAAUUAUGUUUUUCGGCAAAUGCUUUUGAAAUUGACUUCAAUUGAUAUUGCACAGAUUGAAGCAGUGAACCUGAAUGAAGGACUAUCUAUGUCAUCCUUUUAUGUUCAGUGCUGUCUAAUUUUAAUUUUAUUUUGUCGCCAUGUCCAUAGAAAUGUACAUGUAAAUACUUUGUGUUGGUUUCUUAACAUUUGAUAUUGUUAUUUCAUUUUGUGAUUUUUCUCCCAACCUUUGUUAAAAACUAAUGAAAUCAAUGAAUUAAUCGUAAAUUAACUUGUAUAUUUAGAAAAUAAAAUGUACAUAACAUCAAGAAUUGGCAUGUGACUGAAAUAUAAGAUCACUCUAAGACGUGAACAUUAUCAACUGGACUACAAUUGUACUUAAAGAUUAAAAUUUUCUCUUUAUUUUGUUAGUCAUAUGUCAGUUCUAGGAUUCUCAAACUUAUUUGUAUGGUAUCAGUGUAAAUAAAAUAAAGUUGUUCUUAACUUUGUCUUUCUUAUCC